AUGCAGCUGUUCUUGUUACGGAGAGCCCCCUCCCUUGACCCCUCCUUAUCCACACUCACAGCUGACCACCAUUCCCCUCACACCGGUGACCUUGCUCAUAAUAUCUCGCAAUACCGCAGUGGCCUCCUAAGCUUUGCGGCGGUUGCAAGUCCUCCGCGCCUCGAGCGCCGUAAAUUCCUCAAGCGGGAUCUGCGAAACGGCAAUGUCAUCCAGGCUUCCACGCUUCAGCUGCAGGAGAUUGACAACCACUCAAAGCUGCUUCUUGGUAUUCGCCCACAUCGGGAUUUCCAAUCCACGCCAGCACUGCCCAAGAGCUCGGCGGCGUAG